GGCGCCAGAGGUCGCCUGUGCGCGCCCUAGACAAGCCCCGGGCACCAUGCCGCGGCGCCUGCAGCCCCGGAGCGCGGGCACAAAAGGCCCGCCCGGCACGACCGCGGCGGCUUCAGAGGCCGCCUCGCGCCCCCACCCCUCGGCCCCCGGGGACCCUCCGGCAUCCGCCAAGCCGCUGCUGCGCUGGGACGAGGUGCCCGACGACUUCGUGGAGUGCUUCAUCCUGUCGGGCUACCGGCGGCUGCCGUGCACGGCGCAGGAGUGCCUAGCCUCGGUGCUGAAGCCUACCAACGAGACGCUCAACUUCUGGACGCACUUCAUCCCGCUGCUGCUGUUCCUGAGCAAGUUCUGCCACCUGUUCUUCCUGAGCGGCCGCGACGUGCCCUUCCACCACCCAUGGCUGCUGCCGCUGUGGUGCUACGCGUCGGGGGUGCUGCUGACCUUCGCCAUGAGCUGCACGGCACACGUGUUCAGCUGCCUGUCGCUGCGCCUGCGCGCCGCCUUCUUCUACCUGGACUACGCGUCCAUCAGCUACUACGGCUUCGGCAGCACGGUGGCAUACUACUACUACUUGCUGCCGGGCCUGAGUUUGCUGGACGCCAGGGUGAUGACCCCGUACGUACAGCAGCGUCUGGGCUGGCACGUGGACUGCACCGGCCUCAUCGCCGCCUACCGCGCGCUCGUGCUGCCCGUGGCCUUCGUGCUGGCCGUGACCUGCACGGUGGCCUGCUGCAAGAGCCGCACUGACUGGUGCUCUUACCCGUUCGCGCUGCGCACCUUUGUCUUCAUCAUGCCCCUGAGCAUGGCCUGCCCCAUUAUGCUCGAGAGCUGGCUCUUCGACUUGCGCGGCGAGAACCCCACGCUCUUCCUGCAUUUCUACCGCCGCUACUUCUGGCUGGUGGUGGCGGCCUUCUUCAACGUGAGCAAGAUCCCCGAGCGCAUCCAGCCAGGCCUCUUCGACAUCAUCGGCCACAGCCACCAGCUCUUCCACAUCUUCACUUUCCUCAGCAUCUACGACCAGGUGUACUACGUAGAGGAGGGCCUGCGCCAGUUCCUCAAGGCGCCACCUGACGCGCCCACCUUCUUGGGCACCGUGGGCUACAUGCUGUUGUUGGUCGUCUGUCUGGGGCUGGUCAUCAAGAAGUUCCUCAGCAGCGCCGAAUUCUGCAGUAAAAAGUGAGCCUCCGCCUCCGAGGAGGCGGCCGGCUCAGCCUACCUGUUUGUUGGGAGUUUCUGUUGUUGCUGUUGUUGGUUUGUUUUCAAGUUUUGUUGUGUUUCCUUCUUUGCUCCAGGAGGGUGCUGCAAAACCACAGGGAAAAAUUAAAGGGGGUCUCACUGCUUUGGGCCCUUGGACGAGGGAGGUGGGUUAAUCAGGAGGGAGAGAGCAGCUGGUUCUUGCCCCUGAAAAAAAAUUCAGGUGGUGUCUGUGACAUCCAGGGAUUUUUCUAAGGCAGCGAAUAAAACCGCAAACAUUUAGAUUUUCCCGUCAUCUUCUCUGCCAGAGGUAAUAACAAGUAGCUCUUGUGAGGUCAGGCCUGCGGUAAAGAGGGUAAGUAGACAAAAUCCCUGGCUACUUCCAUUUCAGUCUGAGGAAUGCUUGGAUUUGUCAAAGAAUAGAGCUUUGUAGGACGCGAGCAUGAAGACACAAACCCAGGGCUUAACCUACUAGAAAAUGCAUGGAAUGUGAACACACGUUAAUUAUUUCAAAAUGUUUCUCAUACGUUAUUUAAAUAGUAAUAUAUACAACGAUUUUUCGAUAAUUUAUGAAAGCCUGUGAUCUGCACUGAAUUUUCUUUGUCAUGUAGUUUUGAGUUUUUGCAGCCCGUCUGCACUGCGUACUCUUGAACUGGACAUCAGGGCAAGCUGCUUGAGCGUUCUCACUUUUUUAAACAGUAUUUUUUGAAGGCCUGUGUGCGUCAUGAUAUAACUGUGAUUUCUCCUACCUUAGGAACUCUGGUUAAACUAUUGGGAAGGAGCUCGGUUUGUAUAGAUCCCAGUUUCUUGUUUACUUUCAUGUAUUCCACAAAUCCCAUCCUAUUUUUUUUGUUUUGUUUUUAAUCUUAAUUUUUCCUUCUCUACUAAUUUAAAUUGCCACUGGAAUAAAUGUGCCUUUUGAAGCAAUGCCCAA